AUGGUGUGGUUGAAUGAGGGCCAACUAGUAGAGCGGCUAGUAGACAAGUUAUCACCAGAUGCUGACCCAGAGGACCACGCCAGUGCCGACAAUCUCCUCUGCGAAAUUAGCACCUCCUGCAGGGACACGUCCACCGAUGGACACCAGCAGACUAACCCUCUUCGGGCGACUUUGGAAAGUGAAGACACAGUAAAUAAAUUGCUAGAUUUACUCCUCCACGAAGACCGGAACGACUCUUCACUUUCUCACGUGAUCAACAUCCUGCUUACUCUCCUGUCUGCUCGAACACAGCAGCAGCAGAUUCAGCAUCUACAGCAACAGCAACAAGGGUUGCAACAGUAUGCAGCCGUUGAUUCAAGUGAUAGUGAAUCAAGUGACGGGAGGAAACAUGCUGUUGCAAGAAUUAUUGCCAAACGUCUACCAAGGCAUCAAUCUGAGAAUGUAACUAAUGUGCUCAAAAAAGAAAAAGAACCAGAAUUGUUAUUGACUGAGACUUGUAUAACAGUACAGAUAAUUUUUUUGGAGAAAGCGUUGUUACUGCCUGCGUAUAGCCAGGAAGUGGAGCCCCUGGGAAAUACCCACCUUCAGGUCGUGUCGCUGGUCACUGCUCUGGUUGCCCUCAGUGACCCUGUAGUCCAUGAUUCGCUUUAUGAACUUAAUACAGUUGAAUAUCUGUUGGACUUGUUUUUCAAAUUUAUGUUGAACCACUUCUUACACACCCAAGUGGAGCAGUGCCUGACCGCCAUUCUGACAAAGGCCCCAGCAGCAUCCUCUCCAGAAGGCGACACAGACCACCGGUUGCUCACCCAGCUCUUCAAUGACGGACGCAUCAUUGAGCGCGUGUUAGAAGCUUUUGAUGAGUCCAGCGAAAGACAAGAAUGCAAACAGAUACACAUGGGUCAUUUACGACAACUGGCUAACACUAUUGUACAGCAAGCAGAGUUUGGUCCAAAUGAACACCGCAUAAAGCAGCUUAUACAGGGCCUGCCUGGGGAUAAAGCCACCCAGUGGGACGACUUUGUCUCCAACGUGCUGGCAGAACUCAAUCGCAAGAACGAAAUAACUCCUCUUCCGUGUACCACACUAUAUGCCUUGAGAUGCUAUGACUUUACUAAUUCAGUUUAUUGGAAGUCCUUCAGUUACAUUGUAAUUGCCCUCUGUGACUAUUUAAUUCUUGUGCUGUUCACCUUGUCAUCAUGGCUAAAACAGCUCCUGGCGAGUAUGAUUAUCGUACUACAGUACUCUAAGGGCCAACAGUGGCUUGUAUGCCAGCUUAUGCUCUCUUAUACUCUGUACUCUUCUGCAGUGAUCCACCUACAGUUCAUUGUUAUUUUAGUGCCACAUUGGAUCCACAUGCUUAGUGGUAAUGCUACUGCCGGAGAGCAGGAUUGGGGUUUGGCAACGGUUGAGGCAGACGAGACAGACGAGAGCCCACAGCGGUACAUGUAA